AUGUGCCUCGGAGGUACACGACACAACCAAAAGAGGUUACAGGGACGCUAUGCCAAGUACGUGUUCUACAUGACGGACCCUAGCAGCACUCAUCAGUUUACGGCCCCCUGUGUAUCGAGGACUGCAUAUGCCAGCAGGGAGGGACUUGUCCCUGCCGCCCCAGAACCCGACGACACUAGUGGUGGACAGUACCUUGAAUACUUCCACAAGGCGUCAAGAGUUCAUCUGUCUGUCCGUCAUCUUGAAAAGUACCAGGUACUUCUCAUCGCGUAUCCGCUGCUUAAAUUCCCGAUCCAGGCCUAG